AUCCGGGAUGUAUGCAUCUCGGUUGUAUGUAUUGUUGUAUUUAUUUUAGAAAUUCUAAGAUUCCUUCUAAGGUUUACACAUAAUUAAUAAUUAUUUAUCAACGUCGUAAAAAUAGCCAAGAGUUAGCAGCGUCACUAAACAGCGAAUUUACUUUCAGCCUCGAUAAUUCGAAAACCGACAGAAAAAAUGGAUGACAGGAUAUCAUUGGAUAAAAAUGUUUAAUAAACAAGCAAGAGCCUAGAAUAAUUCCUUUCAUUUUGAUUAAUAAACUUUAACAAAAUGAGCACCAUCAAGCUUGACGUACAAUGGUCCCCAGUUCAUGCUAAUAAAUUUAUAACAUGGGGCACAGAAAUAUGUUUAUACGAAAUAAUGCAAACUAAGGACAAUAAUAGACAGUUAUAUACUAAGAUUUCUGAUUGCACUGUAGCUCAUCUGCUUGCAACAAACACCAAUCAUCACUAUGUUAAAUGCAUAGAUAUAUAUCCACAAUUAGAACCAGAUAUUUUAUUAGCAGUAGGUCAAGCAAAUGGCAAAGUUGUAUUAACUACGUUUGGGGCGACGAUCUUUGAUUCUCAAGGUCUCAAUGGAAAAGAGCUAGUACCUAAGCAUGCGAGACAAUGUAACACAGUCGCUUGGAAUUAUAUAGACACAAACCUAAUUGUAUCUGGAUUGGACAAGCAUAGCAAAGAUCAUUCAAUUUUGCUAUGGGAUAUAAAUAAAGGUGUACAAAAUUCCGAAAGGGUGCAUCAUCACAAUGCAGUACAGACAGAUUGUGUGAGGCCAGUUGCAGAAGUCGGCGCAUCCGAAACUGCACAUUCCAUUGCUUGGUUCAGGCACGAACAAAAAUGUAUGGUCGCUGGGAUUAAUAACAAACAAUUAAAAAUCAUUGACUUCAGAGAUUCUGCAAAGGUAGUUAAUACCGCGGUAACUAAAGCGGUUUACAACGUAUCCGUGAAUCCUCACAAUAAUUAUCAUUUGGUUUCAAGUAUCGAUAAUCAAAUAGCAAUUUGGGAUACAAGAUGCUUUGAGAAACCUGUUCUAACGUUAUCACAAAACAGACAGAUUACGAAAGUGUUGUGGUGUCCGACUAGGCAUAAUUUGUUAGGAGCUUUACAAAAAGAUUCAGUUACGCUGCAUUUAUAUGAUAUUCAACACUGUGGAAUCGGAGGAGGCGAAGACACAGAACCCGGAGCAUUAGAAAGGACGGUUGCACCACCUUGGCAUAGUCCUGUAAGUUUUUCGUGGCACCCAACGCACGUGAACAGAUUGUUGGCAGUAUCUCAGCAAGGUCUUACGGAUUACACGGUUUGCGAAAGAAUUACGGUAAACUGGUCGACGCGAUCUCAUCUCGCUUGGAAUCACGCAUCCAAAUCGUUCAAAUAUAUAUGCAGUAACGAUAAUAUUUAUAAAGCUAUAGAUGAUAUUUCCAUUCUAACGAAAAGUCGCGCGUCUUCGGAAUACGGAUUGCUUCCAGAAUUGGCUCAGAACGGAGAUCUGGCCGAAAACGAUACUCUUAAAAAUUUAUGGCAAUGGUUAUACUUAAGUCGCUACUUGGUGGAGGAUGAGACCAUACCAAGCUCGGACAGUAAGCAUCCGGGUGUCAGAACAGUUCUAAAAUUGGAUGGCCAGCAAGGAUCUAAUAACGGCUUCCUAAAAUCGGAGCUUUCUCAUCGUCUCUGGUCGGAUAUAGGAUCUAAUUACACGGCAAAAAUUUAUAGGUCUCCCGAUAGAGAUAAGGGACUGCUGUUGUGCGGUUGGAGAUUUGAUAAGGAUGCCAAUACUCUUUAUGAUAAUUUAUUCUUAGAAAGAUUAGAAAGGGAAGGAGCGUACCCGAGAGCGGCAGCGAUAGCGGUAUUUAACUUAUGUCUGCGGCAAGCUAUAGAAAUUUUAAAUCGAGGAGCUAGUAAAAUGUCGUUGUCUACAAAUUUAAAUAUCGUCGCUAUGGCUUUGUCUGGAUUUUCUGAAGACAGGAAUAGUAUGUGGAGAGAGUCCUGUUUAAAAUGCAGAUCGCAGCUCUCGGAUCCUUAUUUAAGAGCAACGUUUGCUUUUCUAACAGCAGACGAUUCUUAUGAGAACGUUUUGAAUGAAAGUGGCAUGGCUGUCGAGGACAGAGUGGCAUUUGCGCUUAUGUUCUUAUCAGACAGCAAGUUAAGCGAAUAUUUAAAAAAAUUAACUCAAAAAUUAACGGAUGAGGGAAAUUUAGCUGGUUUUCUUUUAACAGGGGCCAGUUUAGAAGGCAUACAAUUAUUAAACCGAUAUUUAGAAAUUACUGGCGAUGUUCAAAGCUGCAGUUUAAUAGCUAUUAGAGCAUUUACUCCAAAGUUACUUCAAGAGAAUCAAGUUCAAGUGUGGAUUACUAGUUACAGAAACCUUUUAAACGCAUGGAAAAUGUGGACACAGAGAGCCCAUUUCGACAUCGCCAUGCGGGCAUCGACGAACGAGAAACCCCCGCAACAAAUAUAUGUUUCUUGUAAUUUCUGUGGCAAGAGUAUAUCUGCGUUUAUGCAGGGUUUGAGUAGAGCGAGGGGACCCUUUGGUAGGCUGGGAAGUACACCAAAUAAAUUGAAGAUGUCCUCGUGUCCGAAUUGCAGAAAACCGUUAUCGCGAUGUGCGAUUUGUUUAAUGCAUAUGGGGACAGUGAGUGGGUUGCAAAUGACGACGUCCGGUGUUAGCAGAAGCGAAGAAUGUGAUAAUAAAUUAACAGAAUUCAGCAACUGGUUUACAUGGUGUCAAACGUGUAGACACGGUGGUCAUGCUGAUCAUAUUACGCACUGGUUUCGGCAACAUUCAGAGUGUCCAGUAACUUCGUGUACGUGCAGAUGCUUUUCUUUAGACGCAUCAUGUAAAAUAGCAUCUUAGGAUUCAAUUUUAUGUGUUUUGGAUACGGCAUGAACGGAAAAAGAGAAACGAUUAUACUUGCAUAUUUUAUCCGCAAGAUGUUAUUUAAUUUUGUUAUAAAAAAUAAUUUACAAUGAAGGAUGUAUGAGAAAAUAAA